AUGUCCGCAACUGAACACCUUGACGCCGCCAACUUGGCCGUCUAUGCUCUCUUCUCUCUCCCAGCAAUCUACUGUCUUGUCGUGCAUGACAAACAUGGCCUCGUCGGCUGGGCUUACGUUCUCGCCAUGUGUGGUCUGCGCAUAGCCGGCAGCGCAAUGUCCCUCAACGCUAUCCACCAUGACCAAGUCAACACAACAGCUGCGAUCCUCAACGGCAUUGGCCUAUCCCCUCUUCUUAUGGCUGCUAUGGGUCUGCUCCAUGAAGCAAACCAUUCCAUCCACCGCUUUCUCCCUCCUUUCCUAGAACUCUGGGGAUUCCUCAUCACACACAUGGUUGUCGCUGGUGGUAUCGGUCUUGCCGCAGCUAGUAGUGGAAACGAGACACUUCUUCGCGUUGGGAUGGUUGUCUUUGCGACAGGAUGGACCUUGGUAGCUGUUCUGAUUUGGUUCUCAUACGGGGCUAAUGCCCAUAGCCGUCGACUGGGAGAGGAGAGACAGUCACAGCUUCUCUCCGCUAUCACUGUCGCCAUGCCUUUGAUCGGUGUUCGCAUCAUCUACGCCAUUGUAACCGCGUUUACCAGUUCCAAUCUCGAGGGUGGCAGUCUGGCCGUGCGGGUCAUCUUCGGUACCAUUCCGGAGUACCUCGUCUUGCUCAUCUACGUGGGAGUCGGUAUCGUCACUCGCAACCUGGCACGCAAUCGUGUCGAAUACAUCUAG